CCCAAUCAAAACAAACAACAAAGAACCUCAUCAGCGCGAAGGGUAACGGCACAGGCCAGCAUAAAACUGUACAAGGAAACCGCAAAAACGGAUUGCAUCGAUGUGAAAUGGUUUGUUUGGCGUUCGACGUGGAAAACGGCGAUAGAAAAUAUUGAACAUUUUUAUCGCGGUUUAUCGUUAAUCACUGGACACAAAUGGAUUCGCUGCCGAAACCGCGAAUCGCCAUACAAAACCGAUCCACUAUUUUGCUUUUUAUCAACCAAAUAAAGCAAAACCGCUGCAUAUGGGACGAAACGGAUGUAAAUCACAGGAACAUAAAGGCGCGACAGGAUGCUUGGCUUGCGAUUGCCCGGAGGAUGGGAGUAAAUGUCCCUCUGCUUCGGCGUAAAUGGCGAAGUCUAUGUUCCUCUUACUUGAAAAUAAGAAAAGAUUGGGAAAAUAUGCAAGCACAGUCUAAAGGUCGGUACACGCUGUCCAAGGCCUUCCUGGUUCGCAUAUGAUGAAAUGGAUUUUUUGGGCAAUUCUACUCGUCGCACAAGAGGAAAGCAGACAGGAAAAUAUUUAAUUUUGGACGAGGAACAAACCAGAGCUUCGAAGCCAGGUGAUGUGAUGGUGGAUAUAGUGAAUCCUAACGAGGACGCAGAGGAGACUGAAGAGAUCUAUGAAACGACACCGGAGAGUAAUUACACUGAAGCAAGUUGCGAGUACACCUUGACGUUUGAUUUGAAUGAACCAAUGGCGGAGGACACUUCUGCCACACUGUAUUAUGAAAAAAGUAAUAACAACGACGAGAUAGAAGAAGAGUCUGAAUUACCACUUGAAAAACGGUACAUUAAUGAAAAGCGUAAAACCAUUCUGUUGCAUGAGUUGAAUGAAAAGCUCGAGAAGGAAUUGCAGCAGCAGGCAGCUAAAGUACAGCUACAACAAAUGAAAAUAGAUUCGUUAGAGAAGAAAUUGGAACACACCGAACGAAAAAUUGCCAAACUUAUGAAAACAUCGCAGGAAGAUUAUGCAGAAACAGUAUCGGGUGUCGAGCAAGCUGCAAAAGAAGCGGUCGCCACGAAGGAAAAUAGCAUGCAUUUUCAGCAGGGUACUUUUGCGGUCCACACUGUGCCGUUGCAAGAUAUAGAAAAACAAUGUGACUCACUGUGCGACGCGUCAGGUAUGAAGAAUCAUGAGGAUAAUCAGGAAACCAUCCGGCAAAUGAGUAGUUCGAUCAAGCGAAUGGAAAGCAUAAUCGGGAAGUUUGCCGGCCAAUCAAGUCGUCGCUAUAGUGGGUUCGGGGAAUUUCUGGUGCACGAACUCAACGGGAUGGACGAAACAACGAGCAUAAGGUUGAUUCAUGAAAUCACAUCGAUGUUGCAAAAGGAAGGCCAAAACUAUCGCAACAAUCACGCAAAGAGGCACAAUGGAAACUUGUCAUAGCGGCGGUAGACAUUUUGGAAGUGGCGGACAACAAUAACUGGAUACAUAAUUAAAUAAUUUGUUUACACGAAGAAAAUUUGUUUUUAAAAU